UAGGAUUUUAUCACGUGACAUUCUUCAAUCAAUGGCAUAUUUCUAGCUAUUUUACAAGGGUAUGAUAUGACACAAUUAGAGACGGAUUGACCGAUUGAACAAAUAGGAAAGGUCAGUGUUUAUGACAUAUUAUAUUGUGUCCAGUGUGCUACGGACAGCUAAAGAGUAGAUCACUCGAGAGAGACUGCCAAAUUAUCGAUCAUCCGCCAUGAAGAUUCGACUCGUACGUUGGUAAAAACGAAACGAGGAAAAAUAAGUUAUGAAUCCUUGUUUACAUUACAACUAAACAAGGCGCCUGACUGUUCAAUUUUGCUUGUUGCUGAAAUCUUGCGCCGAAGGGCGUUUGUAUGUGAAAUGUGGAGUGUUUUUGUUCACUGAUAAAAAUCCGUUGGCUUGUAUUAAAGGAGACAUUUAAAUCAAGUUGCUGAUGCGAUUGAGAUUAGCCUUGGAGAUCGGCUGACACUUCACCAUGGCAAACCAAAACGGGCCCACAGGGACCAAGGUUUUUAAAAAGACAAGCCCAAAUGGAAAGAUAACAACGUACCUGGGAAAACGAGAUUUCAUUGAUCACUUAACUCAUAUAGACCCUAUUGAUGGAAUAGUUCUGGUUGACCCCGAUUAUUUACAAGGAAGGAAAGUGUUCGCCCAUGUGUUGGCAGCAUUUCGUUAUGGACGUGAAGAUUUGGACGUUCUCGGUCUGACUUUUAGAAAAGACCUUUACUUGGCCAAUUUUCAGGUAUACCCCCCAGUGGAGGAUCAAGCUAAACCCCUCACAAAUCUACAGGAGCGGCUCAUCAGGAAAUUAGGAUCCAAUGCCUAUCCUUUCUUCUUUGAGCUUCCUCCCAAUGCCCCAGCCUCUGUCACUCUCCAGCCAGCCCCAGGGGACACAGGCAAGCCCUGUGGAGUAGACUAUGAGUUGAAGACAUAUGUUGCUGACAAUGUCGACGAAAAACCACAUAAAAGGAAUUCAGUUCGCCUGGCGAUAAGAAAGCUGACAUAUGCCCCCGUUGAACCUGCUCCACAGCCCAGCGCUGAAGCCACAAAAGAUUUCAUGAUGAGUCCAGGAAACAUCAAAUUAGAGGCAUCGCUUGACAAGGAAAAAUAUUACCAUGGAGAAAGCAUAGCAGUUAAUGUAUUGGUGGAUAAUAAUACAAAUAAAUCGGUUAAAAAAAUUAAGAUUUCUGUUCGUCAAUUUGCUGAUAUUUGUUUGUUCUCAACUGCACAGUAUAAAUGUGGUGUUGCAGAAAUUGACAGCGAGGAAGGCUUUCCUAUUCAACCUAGUCAGAUAGGGUUUUGCAAAGUAUAUUAUGUGACCCCAUUGUUGUCCAAUAAUAGAGACAAGCGGGGCUUAGCUUUAGAUGGCAAGCUUAAACACGAGGAUACAAACCUGGCCAGUUCAACAAUUAUGACUGAAUCUAGUCAAAAAGAGAACUUAGGAAUUGUUGUUUCCUACAAAGUGAAAGUGAGGCUUAUUCUGGGAUUUGGAUCUGGGGACCUGUGCGUGGAGCUACCUUUUACCUUGACUCAUCCCAAACCAGCAGAAUCCCCUCCCCCCUCCCGUCCCAUCAGUGUGGUCCCCAAAGAGGGGGAUAAUGUGCCGGUGGAUACAGACCUCAUACAGCUUGAUACCAAUGGAGUGGAGCCAGACAAGGAUGAUGACUUUAUUUUUGAAGACUUUGCGAGACUAAGAUUAAAAGGUCAUGAUCCAGAUGACACAGAAGCUUAAGCUGACCUUUGAACCUACAUUUUAAACAAAAAAAAUCUGCCAGAACCGGGUGUUUUUUAUGUGACAUGUCACACAUGCAAAAUGUGUUAAACCUUUCAGGAUAAAUUCAGAAUUUGCAGAACUUUCUUAAAGAUUCUCAGAACACAAAGUGGUAGAAUAACAAGAUAUACUGCAGAAUGAUUUGGGUGUGUUUAUGUGUUGUCAUAGUAACAAAUGUGAAGUUUAUAUAUAUAAAUAUUUUAUUGUCAUGAAAACCUGGUUAAUGCAUUUACUGAAGCCUGUUUUAUAAAAAUCAUACAUUACUGCAGAAAGCAAAAGAGUUAUUUGGUAUAAACACAUCAUCAAGUGACCACUCACACUUUUCGCACAUACUAUACUUUUUGUUAAUGUCAAUGGUUUGAAAAAAAUAACAAUAUUUUAGUCUCCCUCAGCAUUUGUAUUUUUAUGUUUGCAUUUUUAAUUUGACAUUCAAAUGCUAAUUCUGGUGUUUUAGAAAUUUCUUCAGAUAAUUUUAUUGAACACUGAUUUUCCCGAAAAAUACAUAGGGCAUAGACUUCACCAAUCCUGCAGUAUAUAAGCCCCUUUCUACUUUGGUGCUUUUGACCUCAGUUUGUGACGUGAGUGAGUUUUGUGUGUGAGUUUUGAGUGUGUUUGUGUUAGCCAGAUAUUUGUAUAUUGUAGAAGAUUCAGUAUUUGGGUGGCUUAAGAAUGUUUUUAGUAUUAUACAUAUAUUUAUUACAAAAUUAUAUAGCGCUUGUAUUGAAAGGUUUAGAAAAUUGACAUAAUUU